UUGUGGCGCCCAGACGGUGACGCAUCACAUCCAAACAAAAACAGUUGACCGGCUCGUCGACAUAGAUUGUGUUACUUUCUUCCUAAGCCCUAAAUUCUCAUUCGGUCUUUAAAUGGUGUUAGCUCCUACUUACUUGUACUGAAAUUUCAGUUUUUGUUUGUUUGUGCAUGGAAGUGAGCCUCAUUUUCAAGCUUGGUCCUGUGUCUGCUGACUUCUCCGCCGGGAGCUACUUUCCGUGACUAAAUCACUUAGUUUCCUCUAACUACAUUUUAUGCCACCAUGGGUGACGGCAAAUCAAAUGAUAUUUUUCCCACUCUGAACUCUUUUUGUUUCUGCAUUUCCUUGCGGACAGGAUCACUAUGCAUCGCAUGGUAUUACUUGAUCGCUGGACUCAUGGGAAUAAUUCCUAUGCUACCAAAACAGUAUGACUUCAUAACAUCAAUAUCUACCACCGGCAACACAGGUGAAAUGAUAACUCGUCUUCUUAUCGUUGAAUACUACUUUUUACUCUUACUCAUGGUGAUUUCUUGCAUAUUUCUCAUCGAUGGAAUCCGUAAGAAAAUACCGAAAGAAGUGCGUCCGUUCAUAUUUUAUGGAUGUAUUUUUUUCAUUCAUGAAAUUUUUGUGAUUUUGCUACUUUUGUUCACGCCUUUGAGACAUGACGCUGAGACGUUUCUCACGCCGAUUUCGACAGUUGUCGCAACAGCCCUUACGAAUCCUUGGCUGAAAGCUUUCGAUUUGGUUCUUGCUGCGUACUUACUUCUGACUGUUCAUAGUUAUUACAAAGAGCUGAAGCGAGAAGUUGGUCAGAACAACAGUGGGGCCAUCGUCUAAGGUGGAUGUCCUCAAGACUUCACUCGAACAAAAAAGGGGUGCUAUUUAAUUCCUCUUGGAUUUUUUGACUUGCUUGCCUUUUCUUUUUUACUUACCUAUUAUGUUUUUUGGAGGUUUAAACUACCACUGAAAAUUAACUUAGUAUUAGUUGAGAAGACUGAUAAUUAUUGUGACACUAACAAUACGCCUUAUGAAUUAUGCGGUACAGUCAGCUUUCUCAAAUAAGCCCGAUUCGGUCUUAAAAAGGAAAAUCUUAGCCCUUAAGGCAUUUCGAUCCUUGGAAAUUAAAACAUCAUACUAUGGGAAGUCAAUAGAAAUACUUAUUUCAAUCUUUUGAAUUGAUGAUUAGUGAACAAAUAAGUUGCUAAUAAACAUUAUUGGUACUGCUCUUUUUCCUAUCACUAUUAUCUUUAAACAAGGUUUAAAAAAAAAAUUUAAGACAAACGAUCUAUGUUGCAUACUAUAAUGUAUAAUGAUGUCCACUCAAAAACCAUCAAGUUAACUUCCUGAAUUUAACCAGUCUUUCAUGUAUGUACCUUUCCUAAAUAACAAGAAACGGUUGAAUGUGUAAUUUACAAUUUGUCUCAAGCUGGUGUUGAUUCCGGGGUCUCCCCAAUCUAACGUUCGAAUAAUAUUACGCAGAAAUUACUCCAAGAUUAAGGAUACUUCACAUUUCUUCUUCGUUAUUACUUAUCGGAAGUAAUUCAAACUUAUCUACUAUUGUUAAACAUUGCGGGUUUACGUUGCUAAUGUAUUUAUUUUUUACAGAUAAGAAAAUUGAUUUAUUUUUUACUGAAAAUACUAAAUUGUUUUUUUUUAUUUUUUAUACUUUUUGCUUGAAAAGUGAAGUAAAUAAAUUUUCCAAGUGAA